UCAGGUGUGUUUUUUUUCUUUUGGUCAGUUUAUCUAUUUGUCUCUUUUUCCAUCUACCCAUAUCUUCUGGCAUGGGGAGGCUGCAUGGUCUUUGGUAUCUGGCAGUGGUAAUGACUGUGACAAUUAGUGCAGAGAGGAGGCAGCACAAGGUGCAGCAUGGAGCCUGCAGCUACACCUUUAUCCUGCCAGAGAUGGAGCAGUGCCCACAAGCUGGCAACUUCCGAAUCAGCAACUCUCUGCAGAGGGAUUCGCCAUCACCCCCUGACACAGCCCAGGCGAGUCAGGAGAGUCCUGAGUCCAGCUGGCAGGCAAAAAAGCUGGAAAAUCUCCAGAGCGCCACUGAAAACAACACACAGUGGCUGCAAAAGCUGGAGAAUUACAUCCAGGAAAAUGUGCGCUCUGAGAUGGUGGAGAUUCAGAGGAACGUCAUUAACAGACAGACAGCGACCAUGCUUGAGAUAGGAACCAAUCUACUCAGCCAGUCGGCAGAACACACACGCAAAAUUACAGAUGUAGAGACGCAGGUGCUCAACCAAACAAGUCGUCUACAGAUCCAGAUGAUGGAGUAUUCUCUUUCCACCAAGCAAUUGGAGAAGCAACUUCUGCAGCAAACUCAGGAGGUCUCCCACCUCAAUGACAAAAACAUCUACCUGGAGCAGCGCUUUGCAGCCCUGGAGGCCAGACACAGCCAGGAACUUCAGGUCAUCCAACAGGAAAAGAAGCAGCUGCAGGAACUCUUAGACAUGCAGAGCCGCAUGGUCACAGUGCUUGAGAGACAGCUGGCUACCUUCACCCGCAACAGCACAUUUCUCAAACAUCAGCAAGCUACUCUCUCAGAUACACUCCAGCAGCUACUGGCCAAAAUCAUCCACUCCAACGAUAUUACCAGCCCUUCUAAAGAGAAAACAGAAAUCUUUAGAGAUUGUGCUGAUAUAUACAAGUAUGGGAUUACAGCAAAUGGAGUAUACAACAUUCAUCCCAUUAACAGCACACAGCCGAUUAAGGUGUUCUGUGACAUGAAAACUAAGGGAGGAGGUUGGACUGUUAUUCAGCAUCGUUUCAAUGGUUCAGUGGAUUUUCACCGCAGCUGGAUAGAGUACAAAUUGGGAUUUGGAGACCCUUCAGGAGAACAUUGGUUAGGAAAUGAUGUCAUCCACCUGCUCACCACUGCUGGAGAAUACACUCUGCAGGUCCAGCUUGGUGAUGUUGAGGGAAAGCAGGCCUACUCUCAGUAUGACCGUUUCUACAUUGAUGGAGAGGAAAAAAAAUAUAGUCUGCAUGCUCAGGGCUUCAGUGGUACAGCGGGACGCAUCAGCAGCCUAACCCACUCAGGCACCAUGUUCAGCACAAAGGACCAGGACAACGACCGCUGCAGCUGCAAGUGUGCUCAGAUGGCAUCAGGGGGAUGGUGGUUUGAAGCCUGUGGACCAUCAAAUUUAAAUGGUAUUUUUUAUUCAGGAAUCUCCAAUGUAAUGCGCUACAAUGGCAUCAAGUGGUACUACUGGAAAGGACCAAACAUAAAAGUAACCACAACCACUAUGAUGGUGCGACCUGUGGAUUUCUAGGAACAGUACAUGAAUGUUUAUUGAGAGAGCACAAAGUCAACAUCAUUGGUGUCCAGCAUAACAGUAUGUAAACUGUACAAGUGUUAAUUCAGCAUUGUGUAUUUUGCCACUGAGAGUGUCAGAUUGCUGUUGACACAGCUGUGACUCAGAAAUGUUAUGCAUUUUUAAAAUUUGUGUCGAUCAAAAGGACACAGCUGCACCACCAGGAGGGUUUUUCUUUAAAUAAAAAUAUAUCCUUGUGUGUUAUACUCAAAGGACCAAUAAUAUGAAAUUUGAUUCA